CGAGGCUCUGCAAACCGAAGGCUUGCAGGCAGUGCCAUCGGCCGCACCGAUGGAGCUUGAGUCAGAGGCCUGGCGCGCGGCGGUGCGAGAGGAGGUGCGUGAGGCUCUCAAGGAGGAGCUGCGGGAGCAGCUGGCGGCUUUGUCCGUGCCGCUCCCGGCGACCGUGUCCCCGCCGCUGCGGGAGCUCCUGCGCAGCGGCACGAUGGGCACGAUGGGCACGGCGCCCAACACGCCGGGGAUCGGCGCCCCGCUGCACCGGGGCUGGACACGCGAGAUUUCUGAGGAGUCGGACGACCUCUUCGAGUGGAAGCGACACCCCCGGAAGCUUCGGACCAACUCACACUCCCCGAAGCGUCGGAAGGGGUCCAAGGCGCCCCACGCCCCACGGAUGCCGGAGGCGGAGAAGCUGAUCCGGAGCUCCCGGCGCUUCGCACAGAUGUCAAACCCCCUGCUGCUGGCAGAGCCGGCGGAGGAGGGGUGGCUGGCCUCCAUUGUGGAGUCCCCGGAGUUCUCGGGCAUCGUGGGGGCUGCGAUCUUGUGCAACGCCUGCACCAUCGGCCUCCAGACGGAGUAUGCGGCACAAGGUUGGCACAGCCAGGUGCCACCUGCCUUCAUCAUCAGCGAGAUGGUCUUCACCGUGAUCUUCCUGGUUGAGCUGCUUCUGCGGCUCUGCGUCUACGGCCGGACCUUCUUCCGCGGCCCGGAAAGGGGCUGGAACAUCUUCGACAUGGUGCUGAUCAGCGCGCAGGUGGUGGAUCAGGUGAUAUCGACGACGGUGAUCAUCCAGGCUGGGGGAUUUGACGGCCUGGACCUGUCGCAGCUCACAGACGAGACCAUCCUACUGCGCGCCCUGCGGAUCUUUCGACUCCUCCGCAUCUUGCGGAUCUUGCGGAUCAUGCACAUCAGCGGGGAGUUGCAGGCCAUCAUGACAGCCGUUGCCAAGGGCAUGCGGUCCUUUAUUUGGACGGUGGUCUUCCUAUUCCUGGUGCUUUAUGCUGUGGGGGUGUUCCUCACACAGAGUGUCACCGACUACAAGGUGGCUUUGGCAAAGGAAAGCCAGGUACCUGCGAAGUUGGAGGGCUACUUCGGGACGCUCCCAAGCACAAUGCUUGCCCUGUUUCAAGCUGUCACCGAUGGUCAGGAGUGGCGGGACAUGCUGGAGCCGCUCAUCGAGGAGAUCUCACCCUGGAUGGCGAUCCCGUUUUGCAUGUACGUGGCUUUCACCGCAUUCGCACUUUUGAACAUCUUGACGGGGAUCUUCGUGGACUCUGCGCUGCAGAACGGGCAGGACGAGAAGCGCCGGUUCCUGCUGAGGGAGGUGGGGCUACUCUUCCGCGAGACCCACAAGGAUCAGAUCUCCUGGCCAGACUUUCAGGCGCAGCUGGAGAAUCCCCACAUGCAGCAGCUCUUCGCAGCCCUGGAUGUGGACGAGGUGGACGCGCAUGAGCUCUUCCACAUGCUGGACUCGUCACACGAAGGCAAAAUCCAGGCCGACGAGUUUCUGAACGGUUGCCUCCGCCUGGACGGCCCGGCCAAGGCCAUUGACCUCGCGGCCUUCAUGGAGGAGUCCCGCAAUGUGAACCGGACAUUCUUGGCACACGCCCAGUUCGUAAACAGCUCCCUGGCCUGGAUUGUGGGAGGGCUGCGCCCGCGAGAUGGCACCGUUUCCGGCCACGAAGGCUAGUGCCUGGCUGGACAAUGCUAAUUAGUAGCUUUUGACAUGAGGUUUUCGGGCUUGCUUCAGGCUAGUAGAAUCAGUAGAGCUUAACACUCGGCGCAAGGAGUGUUUUUUGGGGGAAGGAGUGCCGAUUUGUCGGUUUCCCGCACGUAGCAUUGGUUUUCCGUAGCCUCCAGGACUCCACCAGAGGAUCCUGGAGUAAACACGAUGUUUCUGGCGGCGAAAAAGGGGAAAGGAGUGGGUCAGCUUGACUCUCAUGUGGUCUACUGAUCUUGUUUUGGGGCUGCGAGAAAAAGAAGCCACCCGCUUACGAGCAUGUUCACUUUGCC